UUUAGCCGGCUUGGCGGGCUGUAUGUUAUAUACAUAAUAUACAAUACUGUUUACACAUUGGUAAGCUGUAUAGUUGUUAUGCGCUAUUUUGUUCUAUGACGGAUCACGGAUUUCCAGUUUCCAAUUGCUAUUGUUAUAACUUGAUUGCUUCAUGUUCAUCUCCAAGUUCAUUCUUCAAUUUUAAUUUUAAUUAUUACCGAUUACCUACCAAUCUAAUAUUGUGAUUUGUGUUACACUGUUCGUCAAGUCUUGUAUUACCCUUAUUGUUCGGCAAUACGCGUACCUCGUGUUUUAGUGAUUCACUGCAAAAUUUAAAAGAUUACAUUUUUACGUAGAUAAUAUUAUCGUUUUUUUCCUUACUUAAGUAUAUUAUAGUAUCUGUGACUCAUUAAAUUUUAUACGACAUGGCUUCCGAAAUUACAAAAAAUGGUGAUGAUCAAAUGUCGAAAGACGAACGCAAGGUUUAUGACCGACAAAUACGCCUGUGGGGUUACGAUGGACAAAACAAAUUAAGAGCAUCAAAAGUACUUUUAAUCGGAAUGCAAGGCUUAGGCGCAGAGAUAGCUAAAAAUUUGAUAUUGAUUGGUGUGAAUUCUAUUACAUUGAAAGAUCAUACAGAAGUGUCAAUAUUAGACCAUUGUUCACAGUUCCUUAUCCCACGCGAUAGUCAAGAACGUAAUCGUGCUAAAGCAAGUAUGAGUGCUGCUCAAAAGCUAAACCCAAAUGUGAAAGUCAUUGUAGAUACAACACCUAUUGAACAAAAUGUCGAUAGUUUUGUUACCUCAUUUGAUGUUGUCAUAGCCACUGAAUGUUCUCCGAAUACUUAUAAAAGAUUGAGUGAAAAUUGUAGAAAAGCUAAAGUAAAAUUAUUCAUUGCUGAUGUUUAUGGUUUAUUUGGAUACUUUUUUCAGGACAUUAAUUUUGAACAUUCUUUGUAUGGCGAGGUGUUUCCAAACAUUGAUCAAAGCAAUAUUGUUCCUAUUCCUAAAAAUGUACCGCAGCUAUAUUUUUUGACUUCAGCUUUAUUAAAAUUUCAAUCUGAAUCUAAUCGUAAACCGAAUCCUGAUACUUGCGAAGAAGAUAUUGAAGAAUUGAAGUUACUUAUUAACUUAUCUCCAGAUCAAACUAAUACUGAUAAUAGUCUAUUUGAUGAAUACUAUGGUGAAUUAUUUUGCGAGUUGAGUCCAGCGACUUCUAUUGUUGGUGCAAUGGUAUCCCAGACUGCUAUAAAUACUGUAAUGGGUAUGCCUAUUGAAAAGUUAAAUGUGUUUUUUUUUGAUCACAUUGAACAUGAAGGAAAAUUCCAUUUGUUAUAAAAAUAAGAAGACUGUCCUUGAAUUUAAAUAAAUAAUAUUAAUCAAAUACUACUUUUAAAUCAAGAUUUAAUAAAAAAUUUAAGUUUUAAAUUAUUUAAUUAUUUGUAUGUAAUAAGUGAUUUUCGGUUUCAUUAAGGAUUUUUAACUUUCACAAUUUAUUAUUAUUAUCAUUUUUUAAUUAACUAAUAAAAUUUAUUCAAAACUCAUUGUUUUAUUUUUUAAAUAUCAUUAAUCAUAAUUUAUGAUUUACAAUAUAACAAAAGUUGUUCUCUGCCGAAUACAGUCUGGACUGGAUUGGUCUGGUGAGUUACAGAGUAAAACUCUGAGGAUGGUUUUUUGAGCGUUUAGUCAAAUUUUUUUUUAUUACAGUGAUAAGAGUAUUAACGUUGGUAGAAAAUAUAAUUGAUGCUAAUUUUUUGAACCUUACAAUAGCUGUAGCUGUAAUCAAAUGUUAGAAAUUUCUAAGGCCCUAGUAUUUCAAUCAUCGAUUAUGUGCUGGUUACAAUUUAACGCUCCAUAAACUAUUCCAGCCUGUAUUACAGACGUCUGUAAGGCAAAAAAGGGUUGAUUAUGUUUCCAUUAACUUAUCGACCGAUGAAGUUGGGCGGUUAAACAUAAUAUUACAGUCCUUUAAAGCUUUUGAUUGGCGAUUGAGUUUUUGUUUACUUUUUUUUUCAAUA